AUGGAAGCUUUAUGGAGUAUAGAAGACAGAUUCAAGGUAUCAACACAAAAGGCUGUUGCAUUGUUUGCUUGCACUGGUUUUCUAGUGAUCUGUCUUUGCACAGCUGCUGCUAUGAAGAGGUGUAGGAGGAAAGGAGCAGUGUAUCAAGAACCAUACACUGAGGCAUCAACCACCACCACAACAUGGGCUGAGCCGCCACGGCCGGGGUGGGGCUCGGUGAAGAAAGCGUUGAUGAGCUCGGUGAGGUGGAGCGGGGUGAGCAAGUGGGACGUACAGUUCAGUGGGAGUGAAAGAGAGAGGCCUACGCCAUUGCUUGCAAGAGGAAGUUGUGCAGGAGAUUCCGGGUGGCAGAGUCAUAAUUCAACUUCACCCGUGUGGCAAAGGCCAAUACUCAUGGGUGAAAAGUGUGAGCUGCCAAGAUUUAGUGGCCUCAUACUGUAUGACGAAAGAGGGAGGCCACUUGAUCAGUGUGAAGAAGGAAAUAUCUACAAACAGGAGGAAAAGGCUGCAGAUGUGAGAACCACACUGAGAGACUUGCUAUGA